CCUGCACUGUAAACAAAAAUCGUACUAGCGGAACUUCUGUAGUUUUAAACAGACCCCGUAUGUAUUUAAGGAUAAAAUGUUGAGUUUAUAGUUAAGAGCGAACUAGAAUUGGUUGAUGCCUUUAAAUUCGUUUGUUAUUUCAGUUAAUACAGCGCUUGCCAAGGGGACCGGUUUAACUUGAAUAGAUUUUUAUUACUAAUAAAACUGAGUGGUAAGAAUGACUGUGCAUGUUUUAGGGUAAUAUUGAACUGUUGUAGCCUUCGUGUUCUGUAAGUUGUCAGCAGCGUAUCGAAGCACCUUUAAGCUUUAUGACAUUAACAUUGAACUUUGACGUGAAAUCGUCACAGGAAUGGCUGGAGUUAUGCAAUACGAUUCCGAUGAACGAGGUCAUCUGGUGGAACCGAACUGUAUCCCAAUAAAGCUAGCAUUAAGAUCACAAGUUGGAAGUUACUAUCUACCGAGAAAUACUAGCGGUUUCAUUAAGCGCUACUGCCGUAACAGUGAGACAUACGUUGUCAGCAGUUUCCGUAUUGUAAUGCAUUCUUGUGAGAGGCAACGUUGCACAUCUUUUCUGCUGAUAUUUGCAACCAUGGUCUUUUUGCUGAUGAUAUCUGAGCAUACUGGGCUAUUUCUAAUAGUAUCCCGAGUAUGAAAAAAUUGUUUAAAAAGUUAUACGUAUUUUGGAUCUUGAUUUAACGUUUUCUGGCGUCAUUGUCCUCGUCUGAUCGAGAGAACAUGACACUGGAGUACCUUUCUCAAUUAUGUAAUCACUAAAUCAAAGCAUAAGAAAUGGCCGAUUGGUGAUAAGACGGUUUAGCCUGUGGCAUGUUAACCAUGGAGAAAAUCAAGAAAGGACAUCGGAAAAGCGCCAGUGUACCCGAUUUAGGAAGAGAACAAUAUCUUCAUGUCUUCGGUAUGUCGGGGGCUGGACUAAGUCACCUUGGGUGGAUCCACAAGCAGGAGAGGGAGAUAAGUCUCCUUUAUAAAAGGUUCUGUAUCCAGGGGGCAGACAAAUUGCUCAGUGAUGGGGACAGCAGAUCCCAAUGUGUGGCUGUGGAGGUCCAAGUGGGCUCUCUGGACCGAGGUGUCUGGUCCGUUCAGAACUCUGCUUGUAGUGAUUGAUGGGAACCUGACUGCACGGCGCUACGUUGAUCAAGCCCUGGGAUUUCAUGUGUGACCUUUCCUGUGGACAGACCAUGACAUGCAGAUGGACAGUGCAUGUGGAUUCCUUGCCAGAUGAGGGCCGCGCUCUUUGUGGAGAUGGAUUUGGAUGUUGUGAACAUGUUCGUCAUCGCUGGGGGGACGCUGGCUAUUCCAAUCCUGGCUUUCGUUGCCUCUUUCCUCUUGUGGCCCUCUGCGCUCAUCAAAGUCUAUUACUGGUACUGGAGAAGAACACUGGGCCUUCAGUUUCUACCGAAGCAUCUUCACCUGCUGUGUGUAGAUAUGCCAGGGCAUGAAGGCACCUCACGCACUGGUGCUGAGGACUACUCCAUUGAGGGCCAGGUCAGGAGAAUACACCAGUUCAUAGAAAGCAUCCAUCUGAAUAAGAAGCCCUUCCACCUGGUGGGCACGUCCAUGGGUGGCAAUGUGGCUGGAGUGUAUGCUGCCCGCUACCCUUCAGACAUCUGCGGCCUCACUCUCAUCUGUCCAGCUGGUCUGAAGUAUCCUAAUCCAAGCAAAUUUGUGAGACAGCUGCAGGAUCUGGAGAAGACACAGAAUGUGCAUGCCAUUCCCCUCAUCCCAUCCACGCCCGAGGAGAUGGAGGAGAUGCUGAAACUGUGCUCUUAUGUUCGGUUCAAAGUCCCUCAGCAGAUUCUCCAGGGCCUGGUUGAUGUUCGAAUUCCACACAAUGAUUUCUAUCGAGAAGUGUUCAUGGAGAUCGUUGGGGAAAAGUCCAGACACUCCUUACAGGAAAACAUGCACCUGAUCAUGGCUCCUGUGCAGGUCAUUUGGGGAAAACAGGAUCAGGUCGUGGAUGUCUCUGGAGCUGCGGUCUUGGCUGAUGCUAUUCCAGGGUGCCGUGUGGACCUGCUGGAGAACUGUGGCCAUUCAGUGGUGAUGGAGCGGCCCAGGAAGACUGCCAAAUUACUCUUGGACUUUAUAAUAUCCCAGCAGAACACAGGCACAGGGAGCGACAAAAAAGUCUCCUGAAAGAAUGCAGAGUUUUUUUUAAAAAAAACCCAACAUAAUUCUGUAAAUAAUUAGUAUAAUUUCUGACCCAAUCAUCUGUCUCUCAGGGAGCCCCUUUUAGUGACAACACGCCCAUUGACCGAAGUCCCUGAGAAUGGUGGGAUAUCUCCUGAGUGGUAGAAGCUGUGACCUACUAUAAGUUUGCUGUGUAGUGGAACAGCUCUUCAGGGCUUGUGCUGUCUAAUGGACGCCCUCAGGUGCAGGCCUCUGUUAACAUCCACCAAAAACAAAUACGUUUCCUGCCCUGGCUUCUUCUGCACUUAGGCACUGUUAGGGUACAGGGGUAGAAAUUCCUUUUUCCUAGUUUUUAUCUGACUUCAUGUUUUUUAUAUGUUGUUAUCUUUUCAAUGUAAAACUAUCAAUUUGGUUUCAUAUAAGAUUAGAACAGACUGGAUCCUAGUGGAUAUUCAUUCAUCCAUGUUUAAUAGCAUCCAAUUAAGGUUUUGGAUCACUGUGCCAUAAAACCAUUUAAUCUAGUGAGUAGAAUUUUUAUGGUUUCAGAUCUAACUAGUGCGUUCUGUCCUGGAUCACUUAAGACAAUAUGCAGUAAUUUUAUGUCGGAAUGAUAAAUUCCGCGAUACCUAUUUUGAACUUCUAGCAGAUAAGUAAAAAAUGCCCUUCUAGAUUUAAGAGAUUAGGAUUUGUAAUGACUGCUUACUAAAUGCAUUUAAUCCUUUGUGUUAACCUGGAAUGAAUCUGACAAACUGCUUUGUAGCUUAGUUGCAUGUAUGCAUAUUUCUGCCACUUACCUUCAAGUCUUGGAUAUCUUAGACAGAUAGCAUGCCCACUUUGGGAAUGGUUAAACAGAAUUCAGCUCCACUCUUACUGUACUAAAGUCAAGUUAGUUUCAUUUCUACAAUAAUUACAGAGUGUGCCUAAUUUUACUCUUACAUGUGUUACUUUAGAUGUUUGCUUUCACAGUUAUAUUUUCAAGCACUUUUUGUAGGCUCAUCUACAAAAACAAGAUCCUACAAAGAGGCGGUGUGAACUUCUUAAAACUUUUAUUUUUCUCAUUAAGAGAAUCGAAUUCUCAUUUUCGGUCAUUCAGCAGUUCAGGUUUACUGCAAAGUACAGUAGAUCCUGAGAGUCUGAGUGAACAUAAGCUACACUGUUAUGCAGUACAUAGUCCACAAAGCUUGAGCUUAAAGCUAUUUAAGCAAUAACCAUAGAAUGAUGAGAAUAUGCAAUAUGCAUAUGUGAAAAGAUAAUUAUGAUACCAUGGUGCUAUUAACAGGAUGAAACCACUUUGGAUAUGAAUCUUUGAUUGUUGAUGUGUAGUGUUUAAUAAUGACGUAAGUAAAUGGAUUCUAUGAAUUCUGUGCCUGCGGAAAAUGAGAAAGGUUUGUAUUUUAGUACCGCCAUUGAACAUAUGCAAAAUACUGUAUGUUUGCUGACUAAAAUAUUAGGAACCCCCCCAUGAUACAAAUAAAUUGUUUCAGUGGCAGUAAAUGCAUGGUUGGGCUGAGUCUACCAUCUGGCCUCCAGCACAUCCCCUUGUAAGAAACAGUUCAGUUCCAAGAGCUGAUGCCAUCAACUCAGCUUUAUUUAUAGUGGGUACUCCCACUUGGACAAUGGGAUGGGACUGGACUAUUGACAUUUCAGGAACUUGUGGAAUGCAUGCCACCGUAAGCCCACUGGUGCCCAGAAAUUUGUUUAAGGAUGUUCCUAAUAUUUUAAUCUUUAACCUUUGUAUAUGGCUGUAAUUUUAGAAAAACUAGGCAUCAUAAGAAUUGUUGCUUGCCUCGUCCUCUUGAAAGAUAUAGCUUCUGGUGUCCCAACCUAAGAAUUGGGUUGAUUCUUGCCUCAAUCUCGUUCAUUCCUUUCCAACAGAAAAAUAAAUUAAUCUGACGCAAUUUCGUUAUCGCUUUCGAAAAAAAUGGAGUCUGCAUUUUUUGUCAUAUAGCUACCUGGGUACAGUCUCCUGCACUGCACAGAGAGAAGGAGGACCUGCAGGUAUGUUCUUCUCACACCUGAUAAGUAACAGGCACCUGCAAGCUUGUUUCCCUAAAGGCUAAGAAAACCUCGGCAGACUGAUGCCCAAACUACCCCAGCAAUGCGGUGCCAAUUGUGCACUUGGGGGAUCCCACUCAUAACUUAUAUUAAAAUGCAUGGAACAUGUGACAUGUCAUAUUACAUACUGUAUUAUACUGUAUGUAAUGAUGAAAUAAUGAAGAAGCACACUCGCUAUGAGAUAAAACAUACAGAGGUGAAGUAAUUGUAGGCAGUGCUUUAUUCAGAGCAGUUUUUGAAUAAAAGGGUGAGGAGGUGUGGUGAUCUACAUUUGGUCUUGGUCGUUCUCGGAGAAUGGUUAUUUUGUGGAAUCGAAAGGCACUUUCAUAUAGUGUGCAAUAGUAUGUUAUGAUGUUUGUGUGUGAUCUAGAAGGUGCCCUAAUAAAAUCAUAGAUUGCAGUUUGCAGUUUUAAGGAAAUAAUCUGUAAGUAUCAUAUGGUUGACAGUUCCAUAGAAAAGUCCCCGGGCCCAUGUAACACACAUGUUCAGUAAAAGGUUUUUCCCCUUUCUGACGUUUGUGUCAAUCAAGCAGCUUUUUUUGUAGACAUACAAUGGAAAAUCAGAAACAGUUCACUAUAAGACAAGACAUUCUGGCUGUUGGCUGAAGCAUGCUGAUGUACAUGCCACUAUACAGUAGGUGUAUCUCUAAUCCCAAAAGGAGGUUGUCAAUAAGUUUCCUUCAGUCUGUUGUUCAGUUUUUUUUUUACCCUGCUCAGAAUGGGUUGUACAUCUUCUGUACAAUAUGGAAUGGGAGUCAACCAUAUUGUAGUCAAAAUCGCUUGUUUUCGGACAAGUGCUCGGAGCACAGAGUGAAGCUCGCACACCCCUGAUGCGCGGGAACAACACGUUUAUUUACUUCCGUCUGUCGGACCUUGACAGACAGAGACAGCCGCUAAAGCGACCAGUGCGGGCGCUACAGUAUUCUAAUGCUAAA